AUAAAAAAAAAUUAAUUUUUUUAAACAGACUAAAAAGAAAUCGUUACAGAGGGAGUAUUUUAUAAAACUAAUUCAUGAGAUGCACACUAGCUAACUCCAAACACUACGGUCACAGAAAAAAGAAAAUCCAUUCACACUUUUGUUCGGUCCCAGAUUUUCCUCCUCUUCUUCAGCUAAUAAGCCCAAUUCCCAACGUAGACCUGGAUCUCAUUUUCAAACUCACUGUAGACUCUGUAAUCUCUAAUGCACAUGAUGAACAUUGCAAUUUAUUUAUUUGGUUCUGACAACAUCUACUCACUGGCCCAACCUCAUUUAUUUCUUCCCCUAAUUUUCUUCUUCUUCCAUUAAUUUGCACUACACACUUCCAACAAAAAAAAAUGUCUAUAUCAAACUUACCUGCAGAUUCUGCAUUUAGCCUCAAAUACGGCAUCGCCAUUGCCGUCGCCAUUUUGAUUCUCAUUUCCAUCAUCAUGUUCGCCUCCUACGCUUGUCUUCGUGUCAAAUUAGCCGGAGAUUUGACGCCACCGUCGUCUUCUUCAAAUGAGACUAAUAAUAAUAAUUACAACAUCUAUAGCUACUUCUUCGGAUUGGAUCGGCCGGUUAUAGAGUCGUUCCCCAAAGUAGUGUUGGGUGAAAGUAAGAGAUUGCCUAGUUCAAUUAGUGAUACGAAUACAUGCGCAAUAUGCUUGUGUGAAUAUUGUGUGAAGGAUUCCGUUCGCUGUAUGCCGGAGUGUAAUCACUGUUUUCACGCCGAUUGUGUUGACGAAUGGUUGCAGAAGAGUGGGAGUUGUCCGAUCUGUAGGAGCUCUCCGGUUUCUACAUCUGCAGGUUCAACACCGCUGCCUGUGCCUAAUUACUAUAGGUUUAAUUUUGUAUAGAAUUAGUUCUAGUUUGAAAUAUCUCUCUAACCUGCGCACCCCACUAUAUAAAUAGCCUUCAAACUACAUAAAGACGCUCGACUCAAAAGGCACCGAAAGAGAUUCAUCUCGAAUUAUCCAUGUAAAUAAUCACCUUUAAAUCAAUUGAGUCAUUAUCCUAUAAUUUAUGUAAGAGAUAUAUGAUUAAAAUAGUUCUUACUGUCUGGACUUAGAUUAGAUUCCAUUUGGUUCUUAAUAUAUAAAUGGGAAAAAAGUUCUUAUUGGAUAAUAUAACAAAUUGAUCCUUAUAUAUUACU